UCCUAGGAGACCUGGCUAUGAACGUUUGUCAUUUGAUCGUCUGUCUGUCCAGCCUCGAGAGUCACAUUGAAUAGUUGCAUUCUGCGGCGGAAUGGCGUUGUGUUGUAGGUCCACGGCACGAAUUUUGCAUAUCGCAAGAUUACGAUUAGGGCCUCUACAGCAUCGGCACAGAGUAGAGGCGCUUCCCUCAGUAGUCGAAUCCAUACUGGGUACAACUUCAACCUGGUGUCGCUGGACAUCAGAUCGAAAUUCAAGCGAUUGUAGUCUCAAUCCAAAGAUUCCACGGGAACCCACCUGGGAGCCAGUAGCUGAAAAUGAACUUCCUCCCCCCACACAUGUUCCAGCAGACCUGGUAGACAAACUGGAGAGGCUAGCCCUUGUGGACUUCAGAAAUCAGGAGGGUCUGGACUGCUUGGAUAAAGCCAUUAGAUUUGCCGAUCAGCUCCAUGUCGUCAAUACAGAGGGCGUGGAGCCGAUGGAUUCUGUUUUGGAAGACAGGGCUCUCUAUCUGCGCAAUGAUACAGUAGGAGACGGGCAGUGUACCGAGGAACUACUUCAGCUCGCCAAGAGCACAGUGGAGGAAUACUUUGUCGCUCCGCCAGGCAACAUCCCACUGCCAAAGAGAGAGGAGAGAACAGCCAUGCUGAAAAACUCUGAGUUCUGA